GUAACAUGGGGCUCAAAAACAACGCCUGAGAAAUGAGGCCCCAAAAUUAUGAACCUAGUAAAGUAUAUUUUUUUAUUUAGUAAGUAAUUUGUAUAAAAUAUUUAAGUUAAUAAGAUAUGUAAAGAUUCUAAAAGUCUUCCCAGAUAGUACAGAGAUGAACAAAAAUUCAUAAAGAAGUCAUAAUUUAAAGAAUACUUACAGAAGUAGAAAAAUGAAUAUAUAAAGAAUUCUUAAAGAAUUAGCCACAAUUAGUGUUUACAUUGAAGUAUUUCUUAAAGGUGCAAUUUCAUGCGAGCGAAGAAAAACUGGCGUUUACCCUCUCUUCUUUGAUUUUCGACAAUAUGACUAUAUCAGCAACAACACGCUGAAAGUUCGACUGAGUCCAACUAUCAGCGAAGCACGCCAAACACGAAAUAUAAAAUUAACGUCAUGAUGGAACAGGUAAAAUAUAUUUUGAAUAAAAUAAAAAUGGAAAAAUAUUAAUUUUUAAUAGGAUAUAAAAAUAUUGGAAAAGUAUAAUUAUAAUAACGUACGUAUAAUUAUGGAGACGUAUGUCCUUCAAAAUCAACUUUGGAAUUGAAGCAAAGAAAAAACUGUUUUUUGAACGAUUUUCGAAAAUAGGUGCUACUCAGUAUUUUUUCUUAUUGUACACUUUUUUUUCGUUGUAUUAAAUGCAUAGCUGCAAUUACGGCAGCUGCACGUCGUCUUCUAAUCUUUGCUGUAGCUCUUACGUAUUCCUCCAUAUUUUCGAACUAUUUCAAAUUUAAGCCAGCGAAGAAACGCUCCAUGAAAAGGUAGGAGGCGAUAGCUUUGGCAUUUCAAUGCCGAAAUUUCAUUGCAAUGGAGUGGGAGUAAACGCCAGCUUUUCUUCGCUCGCAUGAAAUUGCAUCUUUAGAGUUCAUUGCAAUGAAUACUUCGCAAUUUAUUAUUUGGAAUACUUUGAGUAUUUAUUAGAAAUUACUUGAGUGUUUGGAUAAUCUCAAUUAAAUUUUUACAAUUAUAUAUCACCUAAUAAAUGCUAAUUUAUACUUUUAUACACGAAAUACGCUAUAUAUAAUUAACAAACCAAAAUUAAUAUACAAUUUAAGAGCGUGCUGAUUUGCAAUGACAGAAUGUCGCGUUCUGCUUCACGCAACAUUCAUCCUAGUUUGUGUUAAUUAUAAUAUACAUAUGUUUCAUCCUUCUGACAACUAUUGUAAUAAUCUAUAAUAACAUUUCUUGUAAUAAUCUAUAACAAAUAUGUAUGCAUAAACAAGAAGUGUUCAUGGAUCAUCACGAAGCUUUAGGAUGCGUAUACGAUCUUCAAAGUCAAGCAACGUCAGCGAUGGUUGACGCUUGGGUAAGUGUCCGUUUUUUCAGGUACAGAAAUUAAACAUGCUUUAACAGGAACGACUGUGUGGCUUUAGUAAUCUGUGACUGAACUUUAUUCCCAAAAACUAGACUUUCUAGUAAGUCUAUGGUUAUGUGUCUUGCUGGAAAGCACACGUGGUGGUGAUAAUUUCAUAACGGAUGUAACAACGGGUAAAUUUUUGAUUUUGAUCUUAAAGUUAAUGCACUAGUAUUCAUCAUCAAGAGUAAUUUUUAAUUAUCUAAAAAAUGAGUGGUAUACGCGACGCAAUGAGUUUCUUAAUCAAGGUGUUUGGUGGCAAAGAGGAGCUGGCCGCUCUCUCGACAGCCGAGGUGAUUCAGGAAUUACGCAGGAAUGAGGAUAUAGCACUAAGAAUGCAGGACCUUUUUCAGGCUAAAAUAGACGCUGAAAUGUCGAUAGCGAGGAAAAAUUAUUCGGAGAACAAAGAAGUUGCCAUUUUUGCGUUGAAAAAAAUGAAAGGAUCUCUUCAACAAUUACAGCGAUAUAAUGGUAUAUUGUCUAAAAUUAAAAUGCAAAGAGAAGCGUUGGAAUAUGCAAAUACAAACAUUGCUGUUUUUACCAUGAAAAACGUUGUGGACGCGAUGAAAGCUGCGCAUCAACAUAUGGAUGUCGAUAGGGAAGUACAUGAUAUGAUAAACGACAUAGCAGAGCAACAAGAUGUGGCGAGAAAAAUUUCAGAAGCUAUACCUAAUCCAGUGACAUUCAGUCAAAAUGCCGAUGAAAACGAGUUAGAGAGAGAGUUGGAGGAAUUACAGCUCGACAAAGAAUUACUUGGCAUCGAUAAAACAACCAAUGAAUUGCCAGCAGUACCAACUGCUGUUUCUGUUGCCCCAAGCAAAACUUAUACAAAAGCUAAACCAGAAGAAAACGACGACCUGAAGGAAUUAAAGGCAUGGGCAUCAUAAAGUGAUAUUAGAAAUGAUGUUAAAAUCAAGAAGAGAAGACGUUCUUAGAUAAAUGUAAAUUGUGUAUUAUGAGUACUAGAUAUAAAUUACUAUAUCAUACUUUGUGCAUUAAAGUUUUGAUAUACACUAUUAGCAUUAAAAAUCUGCAGUUUUUAUUACACAUAUAUUACAUUACAUACAAUAUACUAUUGCUUUUUAAUACUAGCAAUGAAUUUCAGAAAACAGCCUAAAUAAUUAAUUAGGUUAAUUUUCUAAUAUAAAUCUGUAAUAUUGAGCAUUUUUAUUAAACAGAAUUCUUAAAUAAAACCACUGAAGUUAAUAUAUUAAACUUGAAUAAAGAUUACAUUGCUGUCGUAAUUAUUGCUAAUAAGUUAAAACAAGAAAAAGUUGCUUAUAAUCAGUAGCAGAAGAGAAUAGCAUAUUUUCUAUUUAUAGUAAAUAUACUACUAAUUAAUAAACAGAUAAAAGUUAGCACUAUUGAAUAUUAGUUCAUGUAACAUACAAAUGUGUUCGCGUGCAUACGCGCAUGCGUGAUUGCGUGCAUAUAUGUGUGUAUACCGCUGAUAAAAAAUAUACUUGUAAGAAAUAUGAAAUAAUUCUGUUGUUGUGUCAUAGAAAAAAUAGACUGUAUAUGUAAGUAAUACUUUUCCGAAAAUAUUAUUUUGUAAUUUUAUAUGUACAAUACAAGAAGUUUCUUUUUCUAAA